UUAAAUGAAGCCAUCGGCCAUUCACUGUGAGCCACACCACACAGAGUGACUCAUAAUCUGCCACCGUGAACAUGAUGAGGAUGAUUUCCAUGCCUCUCUCCUUGUCCCCAUGCCUGUUUACGUUCCUGUGAGCCACACUCUCCUGGCUCGCAGCCACCCAGCGGUAUUUAUAGCCGUGCAGCGGCAAUCAUCACCCAAGGAAUCCAACGAGAAGCCAUCCUCAGACCUCUAAACUUGGACUGAGGUGAGAGGGCUGCGUGACGGGAUCCACCUGUAUCUGGUCACUGUGGCGAUGAAGGAGCGCGCGGCACCUCAAGCAGUAUGCUGAAACCGGCAACCUCAAAAAUCCGUCGAGAUGCUCACCAGUUCAGACCAGUCCCUCUGCCUCACACCAGCUCACAGCCUCCACUCUGCAGCGGAGACACACGUCCAAUCCACUCUGUCUCUCCCAGAGCCUGAGGCCUGGAAGAAACCCAGUCCCACAGCCCGUCACGGCCUCACUCAGGGAACUCGCUCAUGUUCUCUUCAGGUUCCUCACACUGUCCCUGACUACCUGGCGCUCCCCCCGCGAGCAGCCAGCUUCGAUGUGCCUUACGGUCAGGAAGAGGGCUCUGACCAGGGUUCGGGGUCUCUGAGCCCCCACUGCAUGCUGCGGCGGCGCGGGGGACUUGUGGAGCAGAAGGACAUCAUCAUGGCCCACCAGGCUCACAAAAUUCAGAGCACGCCUCAGGCCCGCAGGAAAGAGUGGGAAAUGGCUCGGUUUGGAGACGAGUCCGUUCCCAGCACGGUGGACUCCGGGGACGGGGACCUGGAGCCCAGUGGGGACGCGCAGGACCAGGCGGCGGCGGCACUGACCGCUUCCAUGAAACAAGCCAAGGCGCAGCGGGCCCGGACAAUGGCUCUGUACAACCCCGUCCCCCAUCGGCAGAACUGCCUCACCGUCAACAGGUCGCUCUUCAUAUUCGCAGAGGACAACUGCCUCAGGAAAUACGCAAGGAGGAUCAUUGAAUGGCCAUAUCCUUCCAUAAAGAGCGUUAAGAGUCAUGUGUUAAGUUGUUUUGUGCCUUUUUAA